GAGCAGAAAGCUGAAAGCUGACAACAAGUGAAGUUUACUGGUUCUUCCUGCUGUCACUUUGCAAUCAGCUGGCGAGUGUCAUUUUCGCGUCACGCAAGCGCAAGCGAAUUAAAGUGUGGUGCCGUCGCGGGCGGUCGACUGUCAGCUGAUGAGAUCAUCCAGGCCCUUUAAGGACGCCCCCUUCGCUCUGCCCAACCCAAACAAGGAAAACCACAACAAGAAGGGCCGAGCGAGAGCGAGACGAGACUCCCCGCGGAGCGCGUAGCGGCCACGGCGAAGUUGCGCGUUAUCAACACAACACGAUAGUGCACGCGUCUUGGUGCGUGUGCGUGUGCACUGACAACGUUCCUGGCACCCCUGGCACCCGCCAGUUAAAAUGAUAACGAGACUGUUUGGCGGGGUGCUAUUCUAGGCACGUUCUUCCAGAGUCGCCCCAACCAAAACACAAUGUGGGUGAAGCCUGAGGAGGUGCUGUUAGCCAAUACCCUGUGGGUUACUGAAAAUGCCAACAAAUACUUCCUCAAGCAGCGGAGGCUGGGAUAUGGGCCAGCAACUGGUAUAUCAUCUUACCUCGUUGGAACAUGGGAUAGCAUGUUCGACACUCGGCCUCCUCCAUAUCGGAUCUUGCACAAAACACCUUCGUCCGAUGUAUUUCAUGUUGUUGCUCAAGCAUUGAGUUCCACUGAUAUUAAAGAAGAUUGGGAAUGGCUAACAAAGAACCUACUACCAUCUCUAGCACGUAUUGAAAGUGAUGAAGAUGUGACAGAAUAUGUAUGCUGCAAAAUAUCAUCCUUAGUUGUAAAUGAUUCUUCGGGUACAAAAGAUGUUGAUGCCGAGGACCAAUCUUUCAAAGACUCUUCAUACAAAUUUCACAAGCGCUUUAAUAUGCCUCCUGAUGAGAAAUUAGUGACCUACUAUGCUUGCAGUUACUUUAAGGGAAGGCUUCCGAGACAAGGCUGGAUGUACUUAUCAGUUAAUCAUUGUUGCUUUUAUUCCUACAUACUGGGAAAAGAGACAAGUCUGGUAAUUCGUUGGUCAGACAUAAAGGAUGUCCGGAAAACAAAUCAACUUCUGUUUCCUGACUCAAUUUGUCUUGUAACAAGGGAAGAAAAGGAGCAUUUUUUUUCCAUGUUUCUCCACAUGCAAGAGACUUUUAAUCUUAUGCAACAACUCAUCAACUAUGCUAUGAAAAGGUUAAUUGAUGAUAAGAGUGGAUUUGAUGAAGACAAAGAUCUAUUAACCAAACUCAGCAAAAAUGUGCCAAAGAAGCCGUCAUUUCUUAAAAGAGAUCUGGAUGCAAGAGCUCUCUCAGAAGCUUACCGUCUUGCUUUUCACCUUCCAUCAACUGAGAAGCUGGAUGGCCGCACAGAGGCAACCCUUUGGACACCCUACAAUAAAAAAGCAGUGUGGGGGAAGAUGUUCUUCUCUCAAAGUUACCUCUGUUUUGAAAGUAAAACGAGAGGCGUUGUGAGUGUGGUGAUUCCUCUGCGAGAUGUCAAUUCGGUGGAGCCCAUCAACCAAUCCAGUCCCAAUAUGACGAAGGCUGUAUUAUUCACAUUGAAAGGUGACGUCACUUUCGUGUUUGCUCAACUACAAGACAGAGACUUUGUGGUCAUGAAAAUAUCAGAGCUCCUAGCAAAAGUUGGGGCAGCCAAAGGACAUGCUGUAUCAAAACUUAGAAGAACUAGUGGGCAUGUGAAAGAUGACUGGACUCCAACCCCUCCGUUGAUGACUUUGUUUAAGACACCAGUUGAUGAAGGUGUUGAAUACAAGCAACAGGAAAAAUUCAUUCAAUGGGAGUUGCACUUUGGUCAAUAUGGGAGAGGAAUUUCGAUGUACAGGACUGCAGAGAUAAGUAAACUGGUACUUCAAGGCAUUCCUGACACAUUGCGCCGUGAGAUCUGGCUUAACUUCUCUGGAGCAAUAAAUGAACAAGAGACAAAUCCAGGCCGCUACCGAGCUCUUGUUGACAUGGCCAUAGGAAAGCAAUGCACUGCAAAUGACGAAAUUGAAAGAGACUUACAUAGAUCUUUACCUGAGCACCAGGCAUUCCAAUCUGAAGUGGGAAUUAGUGCAUUGCGUCGGGUACUUUCAGCUUAUGCCUUCAGAAAUCCUCAAAUUGGAUAUUGCCAAGCAAUGAACAUUGUAGGAUCUGUUUUGCUGAUUUAUUGCAAAGAGGAAGAAGCAUUUUGGUUACUAGCAACAAUUUGUGAAAAUCUUUUGCCUGACUAUUACAACAAAAAAGUAGUCGGUGCACUCAUGGAUCAAGGAGUGUUAGAUGACCUCACAGGAAAAUAUCUGCCACAUCUGCACUCUCGCAUUCAACAACUUGGAAUGAUAAAAAUGAUAUCUUUGUCUUGGUUCCUUACUAUCUUUAUGAGUGUAAUGCCGUAUGAAAGUGCUGUCAAUAUCAUUGAUUGCUUUUUCUAUGAUGGUGCCAAAGUUAUUUUUCAGGUGGCUCUUGCUAUACUAUCUGACAAUCAAGAGAAAAUUUUGAGUUGUAGAGAUGAUGGUGAAGCUACUCAACUGCUUUCUGAUUAUUUGGAAGGCAUUUGGAAUGAAGAAGGACAAGGUGCUCUACGCAACAAGAACUGGGAAAACAAGCAAAAGAGCAUUUCCAUCCAGCAACUUUUACGGGAUGCAUAUACUAAAUUUGGUGAUUUGACAGCAACUACAUUAGAAAGAUUGCGAUUCAAGCAUCGUGUGCGAGUUGUUCAGCAGCUAGAAGAAGGAGAAGAGAAAAAUGUAGUUCGCAGUGUUAUUGGAGAUGGGUAUUUCACAAACCAAGAGCUGCAUGACCUGUUGGGUUUUGUACGAGAUGAAUUGCUAAAACAACCACGCAUCGGGGAACGCUAUGAUCCUGCUCUUCUUCCCUAUGAGAAUUUCCAAGUUGAUUUUGACCUUUUCAAAAUUAUCUUCAUGGGAUUAUCUCCAUGGGGAAAAGGUGUGCAAUCUGAAUCAUUAGCCGCACGUCUUUUCCAGCUGUUUGAUAGUAACGGUGACUCCUACCUAAAUUUCCGAGAGGUAACAAUAGCUUUAGGCCUCACAUGUACAGCGGAUGUGGCUCAAAGAUUGACAUUGUUGUACGUGUUGCAUUUACCUCCAUUAUUGUCAGCAAGUGAUAUUCAAUCUCCUGGAAUAUCUGAUGCUAGUGGACCUGAAGUGGCCUCUGAAGCCACAGACUUUUUUGACGAAAUUGAAGAAAGUGUUGAAAGCUUAGAGCAAGCUAUGAAUUCAUUACUUAACGAUUCUCAGACCAAUGCUGCUGAGGGUACAAUGCGUAGGUCCACAUCUGUGUCUAGUGGAGCAUCAUUUCCAGGUGACAAACCAUGGGAAGUUCGAGGUAUUGGCAGCUUGAGAAUGUUGAUGGAAGAAAGGGAAACACGCAUCAAAAGUUUCCCACCAAUGUCCCAACCACAUUUCAUUGCACUGUGGAAAACUUUGCAUGAUAUUUUCUUGACAGAGCCUGAAGACCAAGAAACUUUCCAUUCUAUUGCUACCAUCGGUACUUUGCUUCUACAGUUGGGAAAUGUUGGCAAACGAUUUUUGGCUGACAGAGAUGGUUCAUGCGAUAGUUUGGCUUCAGCUUGUGCAUCUACUGCAGACUCCUCAGAAUUAAAGAUAGAAGACCCCAAUGGCAAUAUCAACAAUGAAGCAAAAGCAUCUUCUGGCAAUGCUGUAGACCCUGAAUGGGUAAUAACAAAGCAGCAGUUUUUGGCAUCAGCCCUGACUGGGAUUCCAAUUUCUAACUACUUUGGAAAACGUACUAAUAUCUCUGAAGAAAUUGCCAAGAUUCAGAAACGAAGAUUUGAAAGAACUCAGAGCCUCAACGAUAACCCACCUUCACCUACCAUCUAAAAAUUCAGCUGACUUGAGAUUUUGAAAUGUUUAAUGAUCCGCUCCAUGUCACCACUCUAAUGGGUAAAAAUAGAGGAAAAAGUUGUGUACUUUUUCUCAUUUAUUAUACUUCAACUUUGUGUCUUGAUAGUAAUCUCAGGGCGCAUAUUGUGUAUUGCUGUGAUAUGUUAUGUGCCUUCCAAUCAUUACCUUCAUAGUGGCAGUUGUUUAUGUGAUACCAGUUGUAUUCUUAGUUUUAUAGUGAUUGAAUAUUGAAUGGUGUUGAAAUAAUGUUAUCAUUAUGAUUGUUGAGAAUCUUAUCUAUUCAAAUAUUUUCUAUAUUCCUAAUGAAUUUGUGAGAAAGAUAUAUGCUGUGAAAAUCAGUGCCAUUUUUAAUUGUAAGCAACUUAUGUUGUUACUUUUGUAGGUUUGAGAUUAACAAAUCCAUCCUUCCUUUUUUGUUUCUAAUUUGUUUUCUCUUUUUUUCAUAUUUUUUUAAUGCGCCGACUUGGGUACAUCACAAUGCAAGUGGGCCUUUCAUUUUAUACAUGGGAAAUUUUUGAAUGGUAGUUUAAAUGGUUUACUUCGUACAUUUUAAGCUUGGCAUAGUUUUGUGUCACUGUAUGUGUGCUGCUUGUUCCAAUCGCACAACUGUAACUUAACUAGGGUGUUUUUCUUAUGCUCACACCUUUUCCUUCAUACUGAAGCAAGCAUGUACCAUGUGUCUUCCAAAAAAUGAUUCCUCUAACUUGGAUAGUUUGUUUUCUAUGGUAACUAUGCGAUCUAGGAAAUGGUUCUGACUUGAGUACAGUACUGUUAUGCAUUCCCAGUGUAUGUUUGUCCUAUGGAAACCACCCUACUUCCGGUGUCAGUGAGGUUACAGAAUACCAAGCAAAUGAAGAUAAUCCAUGUCAAAUUGUGUUUUGUACCUUUUAAUUUCUGAUCAGUAUUUUUAAUAUGACCUUUGAUUUUUUUUUAAAAUGCUGUAUUCAUGACAUUCAGGUCAAAUUGAAGGCUUGUGUGAGGUUUCAAGCCUGAAAAGACAAUUAAAAGAAACUUAUAUGAUUCUUAA